UCUCACAAAGGCAACCUGGACCAGGCCGAACCCGAGGACCAUACGGCCGACGUUGGAACCAGGCCAAUCCCAGGGAAACCGACCAAGCCGGAGCAGGUUCCCGACGAGGAAGAUCCAAAAGAGUCCUAA